AUGAUGUCAAGUGGCGACGAAGAAAGGACGGCAGAGACACUUGAACAACGAGCUAUGCGACAACAUUUUGAGCGCAUGGAAGUCAGAUUUGGUGAAAUUUUGGAUAGGUUGGAAAGACAAGAUGCGAACAUUGCUGCGUUGCAAAGGAACCAUGCACGUGGAGGUCCUAAUGUGCAAAGGCAAGCAAGGCGUCAAUUCCAAGUUGAGCAUGAGGAUGCGAACGAUGAUGUUUUUGAUGAAAAAGCGUCUUAUAACAUGUCCGACCAUGCUAGAGUUGAUAGAGGUGGUUGGAGAGGAAGGCGGGUAGAUGAUGUUGAUCGCAGCUUGGGAAACAUUAAAAUGAAGAUUCCUUCAUUUCAAGGCAAGAGCAAUCCUGAGGCAUACAUGGAAUGGGAAAAGAAAGUGGAGUUGGUUUUUGAUUGCCACAACUAUUCCGAAGAAAAAAAGGUAAAACUUGCUGCUGUUGAAUUCACUGACUAUGCUAUUAUUUGGUGGGAUCAACUUGUUUUGUCUAGGAGGCGAAACCGUGAGAAACCCAUUGACACUUGGGACGAGAUGAAAGCUAUCAUGAGGAGGAGGUUCAUCCCAUCCCAUUACUAUAGGGACUUGUACCAGCGGUUGCAAGGCCUAACCCAAGGGUCCAAAAGUGUGGAAGAGUACCACAAGGAAAUGGAGAUAGCCAUGAUUCGGGCUAAUGUGGAGGAGGACCGAGAGGCAACCAUGGCACGGUUUUUGCAAGGCUUGAAUCUAGACAUUGCCAAUAUAGUGGAAUUGCAACAUUAUGUGGAGCUUGAGGACAUGGUACACAUGGCCAUGAAGGUUGAGAGACAACUCAAAAGAAAGGGUUCAACAAGGCAUGAACGGAAUUUGGGGUCUUCCACUUGGAAAUCAAAUUGGAGCAAAAAGGAUUACAAGGUUGAAUCCAAGAGUAAGGCUGAAACUUCCAAAGGCAAGGAUGCGGGUUCUAGCUUGGAUAAAGGUAAAUCUAUUUCCCAAACUUCUAGAAAUAGAGAUAUUAAAUGUUUUAAGUGCUUGGGAAGGGGACAUAUUGCAUCUCAAUGUCCAAAUAAAAAAAUGAUGUUAUUAAGGGAAGAUGGGGAUGUUGAGACAGCAAGUGAAUCGGAUAAAGAUGAAGAGCCCAUGCCACCAUUGGAGGAGAGUGAUGGAGAAGAAUAUCCGGUUAAUGGUGAAACCCUUGUCACCGGGAGAGCUUUGAAUGUGCAAGUAAAGGAGGAGGAUGAUGCACAGCGAGAUAACAUCUUUCACACCCGUUGUCACAUCCAAGACAAGGUAUGCAGCAUGAUAAUUGAUGGGGGUAGUUGCACUAAUGUAGCAAGCACUGUUUUGGUUGAAAAGUUGAACUUACCUACUAUUAAGCAUCCUAGACCUUAUAAGCUUCAAUGGUUGAAUGAUUGUGGAGAAAUUAAGGUCAAUAAGCAGGUGCUGGUUUCAUUUUCCAUUGGGAGGUAUCAUGAUGAGGUGCUCUGUGAUAUAGUGCCAAUGCAUGCUGGACAUAUUCUUUUGGGCCGACCUUGGCAAUUUGAUAGAAAGGAAUUUGCUGAUGUUUUUCCCAAUGAGGUUCCCUACGGAUUGCCACCACUUAGGGGAAUAGAGCAUCAGAUUGAUUUCAUCCCUGGUGCAUCAAUUCCCAACAGGCCAGCCUAUAGGAGUAACCCCGAGGAGACGAAGGAACUCCAAAGACAAGUUGAGGAGUUGAUAGCAAAAGGGCAUGUUAGAGAAAGCUUGAGUCCGUGUGCUGUUCCUGUUUUGCUUGUGCCUAAGAAGGAUGGAACUUGGCGAAUUCAAAUUGUAUUUCUUGGUUAUGUUGUUAGUACUAAGGGAAUUGAGGUUGAUGAAGAGAAGGUUAAGGCAAUCCGUGAGUGGCCUACACCUAAAACCAUAACUGACGUACGUAGCUUUCAUGGGUUGGCUAGUUUUUAUAGAAGGUUCGUUAAGGAUUUUAGCACCCUAGCUGCACCUUUAACUGAAAUUGUGAAAAAAAGUGUUGGAUUUAAAUGGGGAAGUGAACAAGAAUCGGCUUUCAAUUUGAUCAAAGAAAAACUAAGUUCAACACCAUUACUUGCUUUACCUAAUUUUGCUAAAACUUUCGAAGUUGAGUGUGAUGCUUCAGGUAUAGGUAUUGGAGCUGUCUUGCUGCAAGAAGGCCGACCCCUCGCCUAUUUUAGUGAAAAACUCAAUGGGGCAGCUUUGAACUAUCCAACUUACGACAAAGAGAUGUAUGCUUUGGUAAGAGCCUUGGAGACUUGGCAGCAUUAUUUGUGGCCCAAGGAGUUUGUCAUUCAUACAGAUCAUGAAUCCUUAAAGCAUUUGAAGGGCCAAGGUAAGCUGAACCGACGCCAUGCUAAAUGGGUGGAGUUCAUCGAGUCAUUUCCUUAUGUGAUCAAGUACAAACAAGGUAAGGAAAACGUGGUUGCGGAUGCUUUGUCUCGAAGGCAUGAGGGAUUUCUAUUUAGAGAAAAUAGAUUAUGUGUGCCUAAUUGUUCUUUGAGAGAGUUAUUAGUUCGAGAGGCUCAUGGUGGGGGACUAAUGGGACACUUUGGUGUGAGGAAAACCUUAGAUGUCUUGGCUGAACAUUUCUUUUGGCCACACAUGAAACGAGAUGUAGAGAGGGUUUGUGCGAAGUGCAUCACUUGUAAGCAAGCUAAAUCUAGAUCUUUACCUCAUGGAUUAUAUAAGCCAUUGCCAAUACCUAGUGAACCUUGGGUAGAUAUUUCCAUGGACUUUGUGUUGGGUUUACCGAGGUCAAAAAGGGGUAUGGAUUCUGUUUUUGUGGUUGUAGACAGGUUUUCUAAAAUGGCACAUUUAAUUCCAUGUCAUAAAACUGAUGAUGCUAACCAUAUUGCAGAUUUGUUCUUUAAAGAGAUAGUUCGACUACAUGGCGUGCCAAGGAGCAUUGUUUCAGAUAGAGAUGCUAAGUUCUUGAGCUACUUCUGGAAGACUUUGUGGGGUAAGUUAGGUACUAAGCUCAUGUUUUCUACAACUUGCCACCCACAAACUGAUGGGCAAAUCGAGGUAGUUAAUAGAACUUUAUCUACUUUAUUGCGUGCCAUCAUUCAGAAGAAUUUGAAGAAUUGGGAAGAGUGUUUGCCACAUGUUGAAUUUGCUUAUAAUAGAUCCGUGCAUUCUGCUACUAACUUUUCUCCUUUUGAAAUAGUGUAUGGGUUUAAUCCUUUAACUCCAAUGGAUUUGUCACCUUUACCUAUUGAUGAGCGUGCUAGUUUAGAUGGCAAAAGGAAAGCUGAAACGAUGAAGCAAUUGCAUGAGAAAGUUCGGCAAAACAUUGAGAAAAGAACUGAACAAUAUGCUACUCAAGCCAACAAAGGGCGGAAGAAAGUGAUCUUUGAACCAGGAGAUUGGGUUUGGGUGCAUAUGAGAAAGGAAAGAUUUCCAGCAAAACGGCGUUCUAAGUUGCACCCUAGAGGAGAUGGGCCAUUUCAAGUCAUUGCUCGCAUUAAUGAUAAUGCAUAUAAGCUUGACUUACCAGGUGAGUAUAAUGUUAGUACUACAUUUAAUGUUUCUGAUCUUUCCCUUUUUGAUGCAGGUGAUGAAGAUUCGAGGAUGAAUCCUUUUCAGGAGAGGGGGAAUGAUGGAAACCAGGAUGCAGCCACCAAACAACCUAAGGAGGGACUAUCCAAGGCCGUGGGAAGCAAGGAGCAAUGUAUGGAGCAUUCUGGUCCGAUACAUCUUGAUGAUCCAUUACAAACUGGUGGAGGACCAAUCACUCGGUCCAAAGCUAAAAGAAUGAAGGAAGCACUUAAUGGGCUGAUUGAGGAAGCUUGGAACCAGCAAGAGGCUAUUGGAGUGGAUUUGGACGUGAAGAUAGCUUGUGGACUAGUCAACAUGAUCCAUGCAAUUAUUAGGCCAAAUUAGAUGCUUACUUGGUGGAAAUAUUGCUGGAGUUUUCAGAUUUAGUUUUAUGUUGCUGAAUAUCUAAAGGCUAGUGGAGCUUCAUUAAUGUUCUAGGAAAUUGUCUUCAUUAAUUUCCUAGGAGAUUGAUCUUUGACUAGUGGAGUUUCAUUAAUGUUCUAGGAAACUGUCUUCAUUAAUUUCCUAGGAGACUGAACUAUGACUAGUGGAGUUAUUAUUGUUCUAGGGAUUAGACUUUAAUUAAAGGCUGGUAGGUUUCCCUUUGGGCUAUAAAAAGGGUGUUCCUUAUGUAAACAGGCAGAUCUGAAUUGGAAUGAAAAUUGUGAGGUUAUUCACUUCUUUGGUU